AUGUCAUCUCCACUUAGCUCCACAUUGACUUUGUCAAAUUCUGAACCAGAUCACUAUUCAUUGGAAUCUCGCAGAACUAUUUCUCGGAUGCUUACAUCAGAUGAGGAACUAACGUGUUCUAUAUAUGCAACAAUAUGUGCACUUAAAAUUGAGAUUCAUUGGUUCUACAUCGGAUGUACAAAAUGUUUCAAAAAAGUGAACCAAUACUUUAAUCCGGAAACUGAAGAAAGUGAGGCUGAUAAAUUUACAUGCGACACCUGCCAGAAAAUUGUUAUUUCUACUAUCUCAAGAUACCAAGUUCAUGUAAAAACGAAGGAUGAAACAGGAACCACUUCUUUCCUUCUGUUUGACAAGGAAGUCAUUCAACUUAUUAACAAAUUACCGUAUGAGUUGCUGGAGCAACAAGUUCAAUUCAACCGUAGGAGUGAACUCCCUCCAGAAAUCCAAACUUUAGAAAAUCGUCAGUUUGUUUUUACCAUCUACAAACCUUCUACAACAAAAAAUUUCAGACCAACAACCUUUAAAGUUGUUAAAAUCACUAAUGGAGAAUAUGUCGAUUAA